GUGGGACAGAGUCUGGGAGCGGGAGGGAGCGGGGAGGAGUCCUGGCCCAGCUGAGUGGGGAGCUGCCUGGCAGUGCCCGAGAGCCCUGCUGGAGAGGCCGCAGUCCCAGGAAGCAGGCCCCGCGAGGCGUGAGGCAGUGAGAUGGCGGACAGCUACACGGAGCUGGAGAAGGCCGUCGUGGUGCUGGUGGAGAACUUCUACAAAUACGUGUCUAAACACAGCCUGGUCAAGAACAAGAUCAGCAAGAGCAGCUUCCGGAAGAUGCUUCAGAAAGAGCUUAACCACAUGCUGACGGAUACGGGUAACCGGAAGGCUGCUGACAAGCUCAUCCAGAACCUGGACGCCAACCACGACGGGCGCAUCAGCUUCGACGAGUACUGGACCUUGAUAGGCGGCAUCACCGGCCCCAUCGCCAACCUCGUCCGCCAGCAGGAGCAGCAGAGCGGCAGCUAGGCCCCCCCGCCCCCCCCCCCCACACCCUGGCGCUCUUCCCAGGCUCCCCGCGGCCGCCCCGUCCUCACUCCUCCCUGCACACCUCCUGCCGGACAGGGCAAGGGCCCCUCUGCGAGUGUCGUGGUCUGGGGGUGUCUCCCAAAGGGCCUUAGUCCCUGGAGCCAGCAGGCCCCGGGGGCCCCUCUGUGCGGCUUCAUCGCUGGUUGGGUCCCCACGAGUCCCCUGCUCAGUCCACACCCCUCGGCGUCUGGGGCCCUGCCCGACUCUGGCCCCUCCUGAGCUCCGCAGCAGAGGCCUCGCCUCUUUCUCUCAGCCCGUUUGCCGGGUAGAGAAGCUGUCCAGGGACUGUGGGUCAGGGAACAGUUGGGCAGGGCUGCCCCCCACCCCCCUGCUGGUCACCACUGAAGUGAUGGUAAUAAAGGCUGGAUUUGGAGUCCGUACCCUUCA